CCAAGUCAUUCCUGUCAACAUCACUUCUUGCAACCAUGAGUCUCUGGGAGUUCGUUUUCGGCUUCAGUGAAGAAACAAAACGCAAGUUUCCAGAACCUUUUGUCAACGCAAACAUCGACAGACACGGCCAUAAACGACAGGUCCCCAUGGAAGUCCUCUCCCUCGGAAUGGGCCGAACAGGCACAGCAUCAAUGAAAGCAGCUCUCACUCGCCUCGGCUACCCAACCUGCCACGGCUUCGACAUGCACGCCAACAAACGCGACGUCGUAAUGUGGGACCAAGCCUUCGAAGCAAAAUACCACAACGACAGGUCCCUCGAUCUAAACAAACCUGAUUUCUGGGAUCAACUCCUUGGCCACGUUUCCGCCACGACCGACACCCCAUGCAACGCUUUCGGCCCAGAACUCAUCAACGCAUAUCCUGAUGCAAAAGUCAUCCUCGUCGAACGAGAAAUCGAAUCCUGGUAUAAAUCUUUCGAACAAGCUCUGAUUCGCUCCGCGGAUCAUCCAUACGUUAUUCAGUUCUUUUGCUUGUUGGAUCCUUGGGGGAUGGGGUACUUCAAGAACUUGCAGAAACGAGGUUUCAUGCAAGGGCAGUUUCGUGCCAAUACUGCGGAUGAGUGGAGAGCAAAUGCUCGGCCAAUCUAUCGAGAACAUUAUGCUGAGAUUCGUGAGAUAUUGAAAGACCAGCCUGAGAGAUUGUUGAAUUAUCAGUUGGGUAGUGGAUGGAAGCCUUUGUGCGAGUUCUUGGGAAAGCCUGUGCCGAACGAGCCGUUUCCGAGGAUCAAUGAGAGUGCGAGUCAUGAUGAGUUUCAGCUUGUGGUUGCGAUGAUCACAAUGAGAAACGUUCUCAGGAAUAUCAUGCUGGUGACCUCGCCGGUAGUUGUGGCGCUUUUGGCAUGGCAUUAUUAUAAGGCUUAGAUGUAUCCAAUUGUAAGCAGGUUUGCAGAGCAUGAUGGAACCUGGUGUACGAAUGAGAAAACUUUCGAAGGAG